UCUCCCCCAGUCUCAGCUUCAACUUCAACAGUAACAAAAUUCUUCCUCCUCUUCAUUUCAAGAAACUAAGCUGAAAAAAUCUCACCCAACAUACACUAAACGACGUCGUAUUUCAUGCUCUGAGUCAUAAAAACUUGAACGGAGUUCAUAAACCAUGGCGAUAGCUGACGGCAGCAAUAACUCUGAGUCUGAUAAUAAUAACAAUAAAGUUUGGGGAUUCUUUAAGCUUCCGUUUAGAGGAAGUAACGGUAAUACGGCGCCGUCUGCCACCUCAUCGUCUUCAUCGACGGCGCACCACCAGUAUAGUAACACCGGACAAAUUGAAGGAUCGAAUCCGCAAGCUUCGAGUUCGGUUUCUUCAGUUGCUAGAUCGCUGUUGCCUACACGACGUCGUCUUAAGCUUGAUCCUGCUACUAAGCUCUAUUUUCCUUAUGAACCUGGCAAGCAGGUCAGGAGUGCCAUCAAAAUAAAAAACACUAGCAAGUCUCAUGUAGCUUUUAAGUUUCAGACAACUGCUCCAAAAAGCUGUUUCAUGCGUCCUCCAGGGGCUAUUCUUGCCCCGGGGGAAACUAUCAUUGCAACUGUUUUUAAAUUUGUUGAGCAUCCAGAAAAUAAUGAGAAACCAGUUGAUCAGAAGAGCAAGGUUAAGUUUAAAAUCAUGAGUCUAAAGGUCAAAGGAAUGAUGGAUUAUGUUCCUGAGCUGUUUGAGGAGCAGAAGGAUCAAGUAGCAAUGGAACAAAUAUUGCGAGUUAUUUUUCUAGAUCCAGAACGUUCUAGUCCUACUAUGGAGAAGUUGAAGCGCCAAUUAGCGGAUGCUGAUGCUGCAGUUGAGGCACGGAAAAAACCUCCUGAAGAUGCAGGUCCUAGAAUUAUUGGGGAAGGACUUGUUAUAGACGAAUGGAAAGAGCGAAGAGAAAGGUAUCUUGCUCGACAGCAGGUUGAAGGAGUAGACUCUGUAUAGAGCAUCAAUUUGUUAUCAUCAAGGUGUGUAUGAAGAGAACUUUUAAAGUUCUACCAUUCAGUAUAGUCAUCGAGUCGUUUCGUGUAACGUGAAAAAUGUAUUCAGAGGAUAAUUUAGGAAAACUCCAACAUGUUUUUUUUCCUGUAAAAAAAAGAAAAAGAAAUGUGAGGUGAAUCUGUGAUUUGAGUUCAGGUGCUUAACCUUGUUCUGUUUUUACCUGCCUGUAGAUAAUUGUGAUUUUGUGCCGUUGUUUCUCAAAUAAAACUAGUCUUUAUGGAAUGUAAUUCACGCUUCAAACAGUAAUUUAUAUAUUCUUUAUUCUA